UUAUACUUACCUUGGUUAGAUUUCAAAAUGGGCCGGUACGCUCGCGAACCAGAUAACGCUGCAAAAUCCUGCAAAGCUCGUGGCUCCAAUUUAAGAGUUCACUUUAAGAAUACAUGUGAAACGGCAAAUGCCAUAAGGAAAAUGCCAUUGAAAAGAGCAGUAGCCUAUCUUAAAAAUGUUACUGCAAUGAAAGAAUGUAUUCCAUUUAGACGUUUCAAUGGCGGUGUAGGACGUUGUGCUCAAGCUAAACAAUUUGGAACUACACAAGGACGUUGGCCAAAAAAGUCUGCAGAAUUCUUACUUCAAUUAUUGAGAAACGCUGAAAGUAAUGCCGACUAUAGUGGACUUGAUGUUGAUAGAUUAGUCGUAGAACAUAUUCAGGUAAACCGUGCCGCAUGCCUGAGACGUCGUACAUAUCGUGCCCAUGGUAGAAUUAACCCAUAUAUGUCGUCCCCCUGCCAUAUUGAAUUAUGGCUUACCGAGGGCGAAACAACCCCAGAAGCCCCUAAGAAGGGAACAAAGAAGAAGAAUACAGUGGAUAAAGUAAAGAGGGCCAAACCAGCAGCUUCUACUGCUCACUAAAUAUUACUUUUAUUUAUAUUCAUAAACACAUUGUGAGGCCCCUUAAAUAAAUGUUUAAAAAAUUA